GUGCCAGCUCAGAUCUCUGCACAGAGGGGGUGGGGGUGCUGCCGUCCCCAGGGCCCCUUGCGACCCUCACGGCAAUGCCCCCCCCGCCCCGCACCACGGAUCCGCACCCAGGCUUGCGGGGGUGGGGACAGUCGGGAAGGUGUGCGCUGGCCCUGCCUGCAGCGCCGGGCUCGGCCUGGGCGGAUCCUCCCGCCCCGCCCCCAUCUCCCUCUUUCCUUCACUCUCAGUUCCCCCCCACCUCCCGGCUCUGCCCCGGGGUGGGGGGGGGGUCUGUCCGGGCAGAGCUGGGCCAGGGGGGACGGCGAACCCCUCUAGACAGGUUCCUGGCCCUUCCCGGCCUGCUUUGCGAGCCCUGCUCGCCGCGAUUGGAGGAGGUAGCAGCCUGUUGGACCCCGCCCACCCCUAGAGGCGAACUUCAGCCCCGGCCUUAUCUGCAUAUGCAAAUCGCAUGUAAAUGAGACCUGCGGACGGCUUUGCCCCCCCUGCCCAGCCCAGCGCAGCACCCCCCCUCCCCCCCACCCGCGCUGUCGGGGCGCGGGGCGCAGACACACGUGACAGCCCGGUGUGGACGCGGCCACGGCCCGGACCGAGCACACGUGCGGGCUGCAAACGGCUCCCAGCCCCCCCCGCGGAGCCCAUCGCCGGCUGACCGCUCCGGGAGGGAGGGAGGAGCCCCCGCCCACACCAAGCCCCUUGCAGGGCCCACGGCACAUAGGAACAGGCUCCUCUUGCCUGCGGGCGCUGCCCAGGAGCCGGGGCUGACCUGCCUGCUCCUCAGCGCCUCUGGGGCCAAGCCCUGUGCUGCCCUGAGACCGCGCACAUGCAUCACUCUGAUGGGGACAAAAAAUGAAAACCCCCAGGCAAUUAGUCCACACCGGUGGAGGGGGCCAGCUUUCCAACACGUGUGGGGCCAGGUUAAGUGCACUGGAGCAGAGCAACCCUGUUGUGCCCCAGCUCAAGUCUGGGUUCAUGCCCGGUAUGCAAAGGCCAAUAAAGCUACCAAGGGUGAAAGUACAAAGAAGGUUUAUUGCUAGCAAUAAAAGGUGGAAUAAUUUGGAAUAAUUCACGUCACAAGCACCCCCCACUAGUAGUUCUCAGCAUCUUUUAUACAGGAGUUUUCAAGUUUUCACAAGCGUGCUUGUUUGCUGAUUGGUUAUAAGUGAGUGACGCAAGAAGUUCUUUACUGAGCAUGUCUCUAUACCUGUGUUUUAGCCAUGUAUCUCAUUUACCUACGUGUGUUUCAUUAGCAUACUUCUUCCCCACCUAGGGGUGUGAUUUUUAGUAUUUUAAUGAGCCCUUUAACCCAGUACUCUGCUUCUGCUUUUGUUUUCAAGCCCCCUUUAUCUAGGACUGUCUCCUCCUUAUCAUCACAGAUGGGCAUUUUUCACAUAGCAUUCUCUUCUGCUUCCUCUUUGAGUAGAGGCUUCUAGGUCACUCCUUACAACCCCACCCGGGAUGGGACGGGAGGCCCUGAGUCAGAGCCCAACACCCCUCCUAACCGUGUCCACGGAGGGGUAACAUAAUGCGGGAGUGAGCAUGCAGGCUGUCAGGCCCUGGCCUGGGAGAGCGGCCGUCCUGCCAUACGUUCGCUGCCCGGGCACAGCCGCGUCUAGCUGGCGUGGGAGACAUCUCCCCUGCAUCCCCUGGCACAGGCCGGCGAGGUCCCGUGACUAUAUCAGCCGUUGGGCUGCUGGGCUCGGGAUCGAGGAGGCGAGUCGGGAGUGAAGUAAAGGCAAAUUUACUGAUAGCUCAGCAUAAAACUGUUAACAGAAAGGUUAAUGUGACAAACAGGUGGUACAGUUAUAAAGAGCUAACAGUGAAUGGUAACCACAGAUAGACAGCCCCCGGGCUGCCCCCGCCACCCCCACACUCGUCUCUCCAGACCUGGACCUACACAUGGGACCGCAGUGCCAGUGACCACGUUCCUCGUGAAGGCAGCAGCCAAUCGCGUCCUGCCAUUUCCCGGGGGGCAGGCACACACAGCGGGACGGCCAAUGGCAUCCAGGCGCCCAGCUUCCCGCCGACAGCACCCGGCUUUCAGCCAAACCGCCGCUGACACCGAUGGGACAGCACGUGUGUGGCCGUGAGAUCUUGUCCGGUCUCCCGCAGCGCCAGUGCCACGCAUCCCCGCGCGUGUGAGCCUGGCAGUGUGCACGUGCAGUCGUGUCACCCUGGGGGGCAGCGAGGCCAUUGCUGUGUUAUGUGACAAGUGUGUGUGUGUGUGUGUGUGUGUGUGUUGUUUGUCCUUCAUGGGGGAAGACGCCCACAUACAGCGGGGGAGGAGAAAGAAAAGACGUGGGAGAGAAAAAGGGAAGGAGAAAAGAGAAAAGGGAAAAGAAGCAAAAGGCGAAAAACGGGAAAGGGAACAGUACGAAGCGGAUGGAGGCUCGGUCACGUGGGUCACCGUGCGUGUGAAGCUCGAGGAGGGGUCCUCUGACCAGAUGCAGCCCCCGGGGGCCCUGCCGGAGUUUGCUGAUUCCCAGGUGCAGCAGCUGAAGGCUCAUCAUAAGGACAGGCCUCUGGAGAAGGCAGGAGAUCAGGAAACCCCAGGGCCUGAGGAUGAGCUGCUUCAUGUCACCAAAGAGGAGCCCCCGCCCAACCCGGACCCAGGUGCUGGGACCCUGAGCAGAGCGGAUCAGCAGCCUCCCAAGAAAGGGCCUGUAAAGCUGGAGCUGCAGAGACCCUCCCGAGGGAGACGGGGACAAAGUGACUCCCUGGCACCUGGGCUGGGCCAGUUGCAGGAGGGGCAGGGGCCGGCGAGGCAGAAGGAGAGCAUGGAGCUCCGGGAGGUGUUUGAGGACGUGGCAGUGUAUUUCACACAGGAGGAGUGGGAGCUGCUGGAAGAGGAAGACAAGGGGCUUUACCGGGACCAGAUGCUGAGGAACCACCAAGCCCUCGUUUCCCUGGCAGGAUAUCGAGGCCCUGCCCCUGACUUGAUCUGCCGCAUCCAGCGAGGACAGGUGGAGCUCUGGGUCCGUGGUGAUGAGAACCGUGGGGAAAUGUGGAAGUCAGAGGACGUGCUGCCAGGACAUGCCUGGUUGCUGAGCAGAACUGAGGAGCAGGAUCCUGAGGAAGGGCCUGGAAAGCUGAAGCCACGCUGGGCUUCCCUUGGGAGUGUGGGUGAGGUGUAUUCCCUGAGCCCACAGAAGGACCAGUGGCACAAGGGUCAGGGGAUGCCCACAAAGCAGGAAAAUGUAGCAGUGAAUGUGGUCCCAUCUCUACUUGGGCAUUGGAGUGAAAAAGGGAAAGAAGCCAGAAAAAGGCCAAGGUGCAGGGAUGAAUAUGUCAUGCUGAGACACCAGAAGAGGCAGAAAGCAAAGGUGCAUUGGAGAGAGACACUGCAUGCAAACCAAGGCACUGUGGGGGGCCUCAGAAGGAAGCAGGAGCUCACUACCAAGCCCAGGGGGAGAGCCCACUCCUGUCCUCAGUGCAGGAAAAAUUUUAGCUGCCCCUCGCGCCUGGCUCUACACAAGAUAAGGCACGCUGGGGAGAAGCACCAUGUACGUGCCAGGUGUGUGAAGAACUUCACCUGCCUCUCGACCCUGGCUACUCACCACCAGGUCCAUUCUGGACAGCUCCCCCACCGCUUCACCAAAAGGGGGAAGAGCUUUGUGCACAGCUUGGAGCUCCUCAAAACCCAGGAUGUGCACAGGAAGAAGCGUCAGUACUGCUGCGUCACAUGUGGUAAGACCUUCACCCAUUUCUUCUCCCUGGUUCAGCACCAGCGCAUGCACUUGGGGAGGAAGACACACCAAUGCAAAGAGUGCAGGAAGAACUUCAUCAGCUGGCAAGGUCUGUCCCACCACUGGUGUGUGCGGAGGAGGCAGCAGCCACACUGCUGCACGAAGUGUGGGAAGAGCUUCAGGCAGCCCUCCAGCCUGGCCAGGCAUAGGUUCAUGCACACACAGGAGAAGCCUCAUCCUUGCUCUGUGUGUGGGAAGAGCUUCAUCUCCCCUUCCAAGCUGGCCCAACACCAGGUUAUCCACACAGGGGAGAAGCCACAUCAGUGCACUACAUGUGGGAAGAGCUUUACCCGCUCAUCCACCCUGACCCGGCACCAGCGCAUCCACACAGGGGAGAAGCCAUAUCAGUGCUCCAAGUGUGGGAAGAGCUUCAGUUCUUCCUCUCACCUGUCCCAGCACCAGCACAUCCACACAGGGGAGAAGCCAUAUCAGUGCUCUGAGUGUGGGAAGAGCUUCAUUUAUUCCUCCAACCUGGUCCAGCACAUGCGCAUUCACACAGGGGAGAAGCCACAUCAGUGCUCUGAGUGUGGGAAGAGCUUCACCCAAUCCUCCAACCUGGUCCGGCACCAGUGCAUCCACACAGGGGAGAAGCCCUAUCUGUGCUCUGUGUGUGGGAAGAGCUUCAGUUAUCCCUCCGAACUGGCCAAGCACCAGCGCAUACACACAGGGGAGAAGGCAUAUCAGUGCUCUACAUGUGGGGAGAGCUUCACCCACUCCUCCACCCUGGCCCGGCACCAGCAAAUCCACACAGGGGAGAAACCAUAUCAGUGCUCUGACUGUGGUAAGAGGUUCAGUUAUUCCUCCGUCCUGGCCAAGCACCAGCGCAUCCACACAGGGGAGAAGCCAUAUCAGUGCUCUGAGUGUGGGAAGAGCUUCAGUAAUUCCUCCGUCCUGGCCAAGCACCAGCGCAUCCACACAGGGGAGAAGCCAUAUCAGUGCUCUGAGUGUGGGAAGAGUUUCAGUAAUUCCUCCGUCCUGGCCACGCACCAGCGCAUCCACACGGGGGAGAAGCCAUAUCAGUGCUCUGACUGUGGGAAGAGCUUCAGUUCUUCCUCCAACCUGGCCCAGCACAAGCGCAUCCACACAGGGGAGAAGCCACAUCAGUGCUCUGAUUGUGGGAAGAGUUUCAGUUAUUCCUCCCUCCUGGUCCGGCACCACCACGUCCACACAGGAAAGAAGCCGUAUCAUUGCUCUGAGUGUGGGAAGAGUUUCAUUUGUUCGUCCUCACUGUCCAAGCAUAAGGACAUCCACACAGGAAAGAAGCCAUAUCAUUGCUCUGAGUGUGGGAAGAGUUUCAGUUGUUCGUCCUCGCUGGCCAGCCACCGGCGCAUCCACACGGGAGAGAAGCCAUAUCAUUGCUCUGAGUGUGGGAACAGCUUCAGUUCUUCGUCCAACCUGGCCCAGCACCAGCGUGUCCACACAGGGCAGAAGCCACAUCAGUGCUCUGAGUGUGGGAAGAGCUUCAGUUGUUCCUCCAACCUGGUCCGGCACCAGCGCAUCCACAGAGGGGAGAAGCCACAUCAGUGCUCUGAGUGUGGGAAGAGCUUCAGUUAUUCCUCUGACCUGGCCAGCCACCAGCGCAUCCACACGGGAGAGAAGCCAUAUCAGUGCUCUGAGUGUGGGAAGAGCUUCAUUAAUUCCUCCUACCUGGUCCGGCACCAGCGCGUCCACACAGGGGAGAAGCCAUAUCAGUGCUCUGAGUGUGGCAAAAGCUUCAGUUAUUCCUCCAGCCUGGCCCAGCACCAGCGCGUCCACACAGGGGAGAAGCCAUAUCAGUGCUCUGUGUGUGGGAAGAGCUUCAGUUAUUCCUCCCACCUGGUCCAGCACCAGCGCGUCCACACAGGGGAGAAGCCAUAUCAGUGUGAGUGUGGGAAGAGCUUCAGUUGUUCCUCCAACCUGGUCCGGCACCAGCGCAUCCACAGAGGGGAGAAGCCACAUCAGUGCUCUGAGUGUGGGAAGAGCUUCAGUUAUUCCUCUGACCUGGCCAGCCACCAGCGCAUCCACACGGGAGAGAAGCCAUAUCAGUGCUCUGAGUGUGGGAAGAGCUUCAUUAAUUCCUCCUACCUGGUCCGGCACCAGCGCGUCCACACAGGGGAGAAGCCAUAUCAGUGCUCUGAGUGUGGCAAAAGCUUCAGUUAUUCCUCCAGCCUGGCCCAGCACCAGCGCGUCCACACAGGGGAGAAGCCAUAUCAGUGCUCUGAGUGUGGGAAGAGCUUCAGUUAUUCCUCCCACCUGGUCCAGCACCAGCGCGUCCACACAGGGGAGAAGCCAUAUCAGUGCGAGUGUGGGAAGAGCUUCAGUUAUUCCUCCCAGUUGUCCAAGCAGCAGCGCACCCAGACAGGGGAGAAGCCGCAUCAAUACUCUGACUGUGGGAAGAAUUUCAGCAUCCCCUUCAACCUGGCCUGACACUGGCGCAUGCACAAAGGGGAGAAGCCGCAUCAUUGCUCUUGGUGUAGGAAGAGGUUCUCCUACUCCUGCAGCCUGUGCUGAACACCAGUGCAUGUACACAGGGGAGAAGCUACAUCAGUGCUCUGAGUAUUGGAGAAUCUCACCCAUCUCAGCACCCACCAGUGGUGCAUUCAAACCAGCUCCCUCAUGCUGGUGGCCUGCAGAAAGAGUUCCCCCAGGCUUUGCCCCUUCUGGAAACCGUGGGAGUCCAGAGCCCAGACACUUUCCCACAAGGUAUGGUUGUGUGUGGGGGUUAAGAGGAAACACCUCAGGCAGAGGUCAGCCCCAAUGUUGCGGGAGGAGACGAGGAGGAGAUGAUCUUUGCAUCAGCCUUGGCGCCUGUGCAUUCCCCAUUAUUAUCUAACAAUAUUCCCAGGGGAACAAGUGCCUUCACGCUAGCGUGCCCUCUCCCCGAUGGCUGACUUCAUAUGACACUUGGGGACUUCCCUUGGCUGCCUCCCAGCUUUCUCCUUCCUCCUGGUCCAGGGGUUCUGGUAUAUGAGCCCCUUAGUUGCUGGGAGGAGUGCAUUUAUGUCUGGAGAAGCAUUCCCUACUCUCCUUCCUGACCGCACCUUUUCUCACCACCACAUCACCCCUCUUCCAGACCGGCCCAUGCCCAGUGGGGUCUGCAACGGGCUGCUUCUACCACCUCUGGAGCCUUAUUGACCUGUUUUGCUUUUAAGCCUCUGCAGAACUGUGCAGCACGGGGUGUGUGCUGCUCCUGUGCUGUCCUCCCCUUUGUUGUGUUCUCUCUCAUGCAUUCCCUGCUACUAAGGCAACACAACUGGACAUGCCACCCCUAUGGUUGAUCUCUGUGCCCUCUCCCAAGGUGUGCAAUGGGAAUAGACCCAGGCCCACAACCCUUUCCAGGGCAGAUCUCUCUGCUUUCUAGCCCCUUCCUUUUCUAAAUGAUUCACCACAAUGCAGAGGUUGUUGCUAACCCUUGGGAGCAGGAGGUGGUCUGAUCUACCCACCCUGCUGCUAACUGACUGGGUGCUCCCACCCACUUCUGCCCUCUUCUCACAGCAGGAUCCAGAGCUGGGUGAGCCACCACCACAGGGUGAGCAUCCCUGGGUGAGCGACUGGAAACUGGCUCCACAGGUGCCCCAAGCCAGCCCCGUCUGCCCUGUUCCUGCCCUCACCCACCACAGCCCCCCAUCUGCACCACGGAGGGGACUGUGGGAGUGGGGGGGCAGUCUGUGCAUGGCACUGGAUCCAGGGGGGUGUCUCCCCCCUUGGGAGAGUAGGUUCUCCACCCUGCUGCCAGCACCUCUGCCAGCAUGCCCACAACAUGCAGUACUGUGGCAGGUAUUAGGGUAAGGACAGGUGGCUUGUGCUGGGCCUGCGGUGGGGCAUUGGGCACAGGCUAUCCAGCCAAGCAUGGAGGAAUCAGGCUGAGUUUGUCCCCUCUGGGGGUUGGUGGGCUGCAGCAGCAGCCCCUGCGGAGUCAGGGGCAGGGCUGGAGGUGAGGGCAUUACUGUCCAUGCCCUGCAGGGCGGGGGGCACUGGAUGUGGUGGGAGGUCUGCAAGGACCUGACGUAGAUGCUGGUGUCUGUCCCAUGUGGGAUCUGUGUUCACCUGGGACAGGUGUGUAGGGAGGUAGUGUAGGUAGAGGUGAUACCCCAUUGCGUGCAGGGGGCAUCAUCUUUGGGGGGGGCACAACACCUGGAGUAUUUUUUUGGUACACCUUCUGGGGUGGCUGUCACUUACCUGGGGCAGGUGUGAUAGGGGCUGUAAUGGGGCAGACGGUGCUAUGCCACCAUUGUGCAGCAGGGGGUGCUGUGGGGGUGCCUGUUCUCUCUUGGGGCAGGUGUGGGGUGGUCUGUCAUGGGGUGGGGGGAUGGGUGGACCCCCAUCUCUUCCUCUCUCUCUUUCUACUUGCACUCCCCACCCCUGUGCCCCAAAAAGCCCAAGCCCAACUGGUGACCCCACUCCCUGCAGCCCCGGGGGAUCUGCAGGGGGCUCGGCUCCAUCCCAGGGAUUCCUCCUCAACACCAAGAUGGAUCUGGCCCCCUGGUCAGGCCAGUACAGACUGGGGAGCUUUGCCUGCCUUUCUAGUGUGAUCCCGGCCUCUGCCUGGGAUCCCUCAGGUGUGGAUUGCCAACCUGUCGCAGCAGCAGGAGGAUGAGCACCGUGGCCCCGCUGCUUUUCCUGGCGCAGGACCAGGUGCGAUGUCUGCUCUGUGUCAGGCAUGUGGCAGUUUGGCUAAGAAGUGCGAUGUUGGGUUUGUCUGGGCUGGUUUGGACAGGGCUGAUUCUGACUCAGGCGGCGGCUGGACUGGAGGUGACCUCUGCCGGCCCCCUCAGCCCCUCUCUUCCAGGAUUUCCAUGAUGAGAACGUUCCCUGGAGCGGUGGCUCCCAACCUUUUUAGACUGCGCACUGGCAAACGUGGAUAGAAAACAGAACCUUUCAUAGAUUUAACUGCAUAGACAUUAGGCCUGGAAGGGACCUUGUACGGCCAUUCCCUUCCUCAUUGGCCCUCACAUUUUCCAUUGCUUUCUUCACGGUGGCUGGCCAUGGAGCUGGUGCUCUUAUUGAACACUCUGCAAUCACUCCCAGGUUUCUUUCCUCUGUGGUAACAACUCACGUGGAGCCCGUCGUGGUGUCAGUCCCAUUUAUACAAUUCACAUUCAAAUGUGUUCCUGGCCCAUUCCACUCAGAUCAUGACCUCAUGGUCAAUAGAGUUAUAUAUUAUUUACUCUUCAUUAUUAUAUACACGUUUUAAAGUGGGGGCGGGGGUGGACAUGAUGAGACUCUUCUCAUUCAGCUCCAGCACUCUCAAGUUGUAGGGCCCUAGAAGAAGCCUUCAUCUCCAGAGAAGAGCCACGCGCAUGAUCAGGGGGCAGGGAAGCAGACCCUGCUAUGACAGGCUGAGAGCCCUGGGGCUCUUUAGCCUGGAAAAGCGCAGGCUCAGGGGUGAUCUGAUGGUCAUCUGUACGUUUAUCAGGGGUGACCACCAGUAUCUGGGGGAACGUUUGUUCACCAGAGCGCCCCAAGGGAUGACGACUAAGUCAUAAACUAUGACAAGACCGUUUCAGGCUGGACAUAAGGAAGAAUUUCUUUCCUGUCUGAACCCCCAAGGUCUGGAAUAGCCUGCCACCGGGGGUGGCUCAAGCACGUUCAUUGAACACCUUCAAGAGCAAACUGGAUGCUUAUCUUGCUGGGAUCGUAUGACCCCAGCUGACUUCCUGCCCUUUGGGCCGGGGGCUGGACUCGAAGAUCUUACGAGGCCCCUUCCAGCCCUAAUGUGUAUGAAAUCUAUGAAAAUGUCUAUGAAAUCUCUCUGAACUUUUCCUCUUGCCUGCACAAUGCAUCCCACACCACACUUACACCGAGUCACAGCUCUGUCCUUCGUACAUCAGCAAGGAUCCCUACUGUUGGAACAUGCUGUGCAGGUAUCUGAAGAAAGGUGCAGCGUUUUGUUUUGUGUCAUUACAAUUUUAAUACUGCCCCAGCAGUGGAAAGGGGUCAUUGUGUUUUCUUCCCUUCUUCCCCUCCAGGUACCUAGGCCCUAUACUCCUUCUUAUUUGACAUUUUGUAUUUUGUUCCUUUUAUAUUACACCAACCAGUAUGGUUUGUUCUGCUGUUUGUGUUUUAAUUUUUUAACCCUGUCUUUUGUCAACUGGAUGAAUAUGUCGAUGAUUGUAAAUGUCAAUGAUUGUAAGUGCCUAACCUUUGUUGAAUCCUGCCCCUUGGCGUGUUGUAGUGCCCCCUAGACCCCUGGGUUUAUAGUGCUUAUGUUCCCAGUAUUGUUCUCUCAUUAAAAGGUAUAUGGUAAGUCCC